GUAUUACCCAGAGUUGUGCCGAAAGUGUUGAACAGCAGCGUUAGUGCACUUGUUCUGCUGCUGUUUCUAUUCACUUAAUACAAUGAUGAAAGCUGUGGUGUUCGGCAUGUGGGGAGGAGUUGUGACCCCUCACCCCCUUCAACCUUCACACAACUUCGAAACAUGUCCAAACAUUAGGAGGGAUCUUGUACCGGCGGGCACUGAGAAUCCGCUGGUUCGAGCUGAACGGGGGAUCAUCACCCUUUCCCAGAUGCUUGCAGAGCUGGAAUCUGAGCAUGAAAAAGAGGCAGUCAGCCAGGCCCUGUCUUCACCUGCACCGUUCUCAGCCCAAACACUCUAUGAUGAGAUAAAGAAGGUGGAGAUUAAGAGGAAUGUGCUGGAUACUGCUGCUAUACUCCAGAGAAAAGGCAUAAAAACUGGUGUCGUGGCCAAUAUCUGGGUUGAUGACUCUCCUCAGAGGGACAGUGUUGCCAAGAUUCUUUCAGUGCUGAAAAGCUGCUUUGACGUAGUAGUUAACUCUUGCCACACUGGGUCAAGACUUCCUGAACCCACGAUAUUUCACACUGCUUUGGAUAAAUUGAAUGUUAAACCCCAUCAGGCUCUCUGGUUGGAUGUUAAUGAGGAGAGUGUUCAGGCAGCUAAAAGCUUGGGCAUGACAGCUGUUAAGAUCACUGAUAUCAGUAAAGCAAUGAUGGAAAUAGAGAAAUUUACAGGGAUAAAGAUUACUGGUGAGCAACAGCCUCUCAGUGUAAAUCCUGAAGAUAUCACUCAUGGAUAUGUAACUAUUAAGCCUGGUGUGAAGAUUCAUUUUGUGGAGAUGGGGGAUGGUCCUCCAGUACUGCUUUGCCAUGGAUUCCCAGAAAGCUGGUUCUCAUGGAGAUACCAGAUACCUGCCUUGGCUAAUGCUGGAUUUAGGGCUAUUGCUAUAGACCUAAAAGGUUUUGGUGACUCGACUGCUCUGGAAGAUAUUGAGGAGUAUUCUCUAGAAAAUAUUUUACAGGAGCUGGUGACCUUUCUUGAUAAGUUGGGCCUUGCACAGGUGACUCUGGUGGGUCAUGACUGGGGUGGUGUUUUUGCAUGGAACAUGGCUCUGUAUUACCCAGAGAGACUGAGGGCUGUGGUGUCUCUUAACACUCCUCUAUUCCCUGUGGAUCCAAACAAAAACCCAAUGCAGACACUCAAGUCUAUACCAGUCUUUGAAUAUCAAAUCUACUUCCAGGAGCCUGGUGUGGCGGAGGCUGAGCUACAGAAGGACCUGGAGAGAACUUUCAAACUGCUCUUUAGUGCCAGUUAUGAGAAUGAUACACAUCCUCAAGUGGAUACGACUGGAGUCGUUAAAAGAGGUGGACUCUUUGUUGGAAUCUCAGAAGAUGUUCCUAGAAGUGCAAUUCUGAGUGAGGCAGAGCUGCAGUACUACAUCCAGCAGUACAGGAAGAGUGGCUUCAGGGGCCCUCUGAAUUUGUAUCGGAACGUAGAGAGGAACUGGCGCUGGAUGUGUUCAAGGCCAAGGGGCAAGAUCCUGAUGCCAGCUUUGAUGGUGACUGCAGGGAAGGACAAGGUGCUUCUGCCCAUUUUUUCCACUGGCAUGGAGAAAACAAUUCCCAAUUUAUCAAGGGUUCAUAUUGAGGACUGUGGGCACUGGACCCAAAUGGAAAGACCGGCUGAGACCAACAAAAUUCUGAUCUCCUGGCUGAAAAAGAUACACCAGGAAAACUCCAUUCCUUUCUUUCCAAAGCUAUAAGAUUAAUCAUUAUUAUCAUUGCUCAAGAUUCCAAUCUUAUAGGCCAGACACCUGCAACUGGGAAUUUCUUUCAAUUCUUUAAUAUUUUUUUACAAUACUAUACCUUGAACAAUUAUCAUAUUAUCUUCCUAAAAUGCAACAGUUCUCUGCAUUGAUUAAUUCCUUUAUACAUAAUGAAUACUAAAUAUUAAUACUAAACAGCUUUGUGUUUGUAAUAAACAGCACCUUAACCACUGUGUACAGAGAAAUCCUCUGGGAAGGCACACAUACCAUACAAUUCUGAUCAAAAUAUUAGUCCUGUUCUAGCUGUAAAUCAUGGACAGUAAUCAACCAAUUCAAAGCCUACAUGCUUAUCAGGAUUGGAAAUGAGACACUAGCUGUCAUUUCCUUUGCAGUUGCUUUGAUUAGACAGUCAUGGAAACUGGCCCCUAGGAACACAGUGCAGGUCUGUUUUGUUAAGCAACGUUGAUUAGUGUGACCUGAGCCUGCCCCUUUUAAUCAAGUGAGGAGAAUUAGAAGGGCCAAAGGAAGCACAAGUCUUUUAUGAAAAAUAGACGCAGUUUAGCACAUUAAAGGAAUCGGAUUACAUGCUACCAUAACCCUUCUGAGCAUCUGUUAUACUUCCCAAAGAGGAAACUGAAGGAGAAAACCUUCCAAAACAAAUGACACCUGAAAGAACAGUGGUACAAUUCUACAAAAGCAUUACAAAAUAAUGUAUGGACGUGUUUGGUAAUGUCAGUUAGUAUUUCUUUAAUUCACUUUAAGAUUGUCUGUUUAUAUUAUUUUUUCUCACCAAAAUAGGGUCCGUCAACAUAGCUGCCAUGUUUUAAGUUUGUUUAACACAUCUCAAUAUAAAUAUUAAGAAAUGAUUGCUGAAAAACAUGGUUUUAUAUUGAUUUCUUGAUCACAAAUGCAAAUUUCUUCAUUGCAUAGCUAAAAGAAUACAAUUAUAUAUUAAUAAACUUUAAAUAUUGUGAAUU